GGCAGGCAGAUGAGGGAGCCGAGAGCUGCUGGGGAAGAGACUCAGACGACGUGGUGGAGAAUGGCUGCAACACUGCAGUUCUUGGUUUACCUAGUUGUAGCUAUUUGCCUCCUUCUCCCUGGGGUUACUACAACCCAGCACCAUGCAGGGCAGCCCAUGGACAGCACCAGCGUGGGAGGUGGCCUGCAGGAGCCAGAGGCCCCGGAAGUGAUGUUUGAGCUGCUCUGGGCUGGACUGGAGCUGGAUAUCAUGGGGCAGCUGCACAUCCAGGAUGAAGAACUAGCAUCCACACAUCCAGGCCGCCGACUCAGGCUCCUCCUACAGCACCGGGUGCCCAGAGACUUGGAGGGUGCUGAGCAGCAGCUGAAGCAGCUCCAGAACCUGCGGAAGGGGCCUCCUCUCAGCCCUUGGGACUUUGAACACAUGCUCCUCACAGGCCUGUCCUGUGUCUACCGGCUCCAUGCAGCUAGUGAGGCUGAGGAGAGGGGUCGUUGGGCCCAGGUCUUCACCCUCCUGGCACAGGAAACACUCUGGGACCUGUGCAAGGGCUUCUGCCCCCAGGACCAGGCCCCUUCGCUGGGGCCCUGGGCAUUGAUCCUUGACCCUUUCCCCUGA